GCAUUUUCCCAACAUUCACAACAUAUUAUUUGGUAUGCUAUAUAACCUGAAAACAAUAUCUCACUUGUCACCACUUCUACGGCAUUCUUAUAAGACCAUAUGCUUUCGAUCAAUAUAUACAACAAGAUCAUGUUAUGAUAACAAGAACAAUGGAUCACCACUCAACUCAAUUGUCGAUGGGAUCGAUGCCUUUCGAUCUACUUUACUUCAAAACACACCUUUACGGCAUAUCACCAAACCAACUUUGGAAACAAUACCUUUUACGGGCAAAGCGGAUUCAUGGUAUUAUGCGUUGCGAGAAGCUCAAGAUUUGGUGAAAACGGAUAGUCAAGAUCGUAUGAUGGAUCCUGUCAAACUUUUGGGUAAGGAUGUAUGGGAACUUAAAGGUAAUAUCAAGAAAUUAUUGGGAAGUGGACAUCCAUUUGUGAAGACAUUGGCAAAGCACUACUUAUCAGGUGAUACAGAACGCAUACGACCUCUUCUUGUCCUUCUGAUGGCUCAAGCGAAUGCUUCAAUAAAUGGCUCAAACAUGAUACUGGAUGCACAACGACGACUAGCAGAAAUCUCGGAAAUGAUUCAUAUCUCUUCUUUGUUACACUAUGAUAUUUUGGAUGACAAUGAUAAUCCAGGUAAUGUGAUUGGUAAUAAAAUGGCAGUAUUGGCUGGGGACUUCUUACUGGCACGAGCAUCUCUGGCUUUGGCUCAAUUACGAAAUGCGGAAUGUAUUGAACUUAUGGCAACGUGUAUCGCCAACUUGGUAGAAGGAGAAGUGAUGCAAGUCAAGAAACGCAAAUUGGUGGAAAGUAGUGACAAAUCAGACAUGGAUUACUAUAUGGAACAAUGUUAUUUGAAAAGUGCAAGUCUUAUUGCCCAAAGUUGUAAAUCAUCAAUGGUAUUAGGUGGUGCUGAUAAGGAAGUAGCCAAACAUGCUUAUGAUUAUGGAAAACAUAUGGGACUUGCGUUACAGUUGAUGAAUGAUGUGGAUACAUUUGCAAAACAAGCAGCCAAUGUGAACAAUCCUCCAAAUAUCAAUGCUCCUGUCUUAUUUGCUGCAGAAGAAAUUGAAGAAUUGAAACAAAUUUUAGAACGAAAUUUUAGUGGUGCAGAAGAUAUUGAAAAGACUCGAAGUUUUGUCUAUCAAAGUAAUGGAUUGAAAAGAAGUUUGUCUCUUGCUGAUACCCAUGUUCAAACAGCCAUCAAGGCUAUCAAUCAUUUACCACCAUCAACUGCUCAAGAAGCUUUAAUCCAAUUGGCAAGAAAUCUUGGUCGUUAAUGAUGUUUUUUUUUUUAUUGAUGAUAUAGAAAAAAUUUAGAUUUAGUUUAGAAGUACAUAUGUUAAUGUAAGAUGUUAGUUACACAAAAGGAAAUCUGAUAAUAAAAAUCCCAGUCACCCUACAAUUAUUGAAGAGGGGAAAAUAAUAA